CAUAUUUGACCGUCUUGUCUGGUUCGUGUUAGCUGCUUGUUUAUAUCGUGAAAAGGUCAAAUCCAAUACGACCUAACAAUACCCAGUAGGUUAGAGACGUCGGCUAGGCUUAACCGUACAGAGUUAAACAGUUCCACUCAACCUGGGAUUCAAUUACGCCUGCCAAGCCAGACCCCCCUCGGGGUUAAUCAAGUUUAUACAUCAUCAUACAAGGCGAGUCGCGGGUCGAGUAGUCUAAUACCCGUUAUCUCCUGAGAAUCUUCACGAGUAGAGCGGUUUAUUUGUCAUCGUGUGUGGUUUAGCUGUUUCCUUUGGGGGGGAGGGUAUAAAAGGGGUCGUGAUACUUGAUUGACAUAUAUAUAUAUAUAUAUAUACUUUUCAGGAACAUCUACUCUAUCAGUGAAGCUACGAGGACAUUUUACAUACCUAUCUUACCUAGAGAGAUUUAAAUCCAAAAUCUAACAUGAGCGCCUCCCCACCCAUCCUACUCAUCGGCGCCGGCGAGCUCGGCACAGCUGUCCUGGAGUCCCUCGUCGCGCAUCCUAAGCGCAACAGCGGCUCCAUCGCCAUCUUGCUUCGGCAAUCCAGCAUCUCCUCGCAGGACCCAGCCAAGAAAGCGCAGAACGACCGUCUCAAGUCCCUAGGCGCUACCUUCGAGGCGGGCGACCUGGCGAACGACUCCGCCGAGCAGCUCGCCGGGGUGUUUGAGAAGUACCACACUAUAAUCUCGUGCUCGGGCUUCGGCCUGCCGCCCGGAACCCAGGUCAAACUCACGCAGGCGGUCCUGCAAGCUAAGGCGCGGCGGUACAUCCCCUGGCAAUGGGGCAUCGACUACGACGCCGUGGGGGGCGGCAGCGCGCAGGAUUUAUUCGACGAGCAGCUGCGCGUGCGCUCGCUGCUGCGCUCGCAGCGGGACACGGACUGGAUCAUCGUGUCGACGGGGCUGUUCACGAGUUUCCUGUUCCUGCCGGCCUUCGGCGUCGUCGACCUGCCAGCGCGCAAACUGCGCGCCCUGGGGUCCUGGGAUGCUCGGCUGUCGCUUACCACGGCGGCGGAUAUCGGGCGCAUGGCGGCGGAGGUGGCGUACGAUCCGCGGGACGUCUCGCACCAGGUGGUCUACAUUGCGGGGGACACGGUGACGUACGCCCGGGUUGCGGAGCUGGUGGAGGGGAGGUUCGGGGGGGAGUGGACGCGGGAAGUGUGGGAUGUGGAGGGCUUGAAGGAGAAGCUGCGGGAGAGGCCGGAUGAUGGGAUGCUUAAGUAUACGAACGUGUGGGCGGUGGGGAAGGGCGUGGCGUGGGAUAUGGAGAAGACGCUUAAUGCGCAGAGGGGGGUUGAGCUUCAGGGUUUGGAGGAUUAUUUGAGGGCGAUGCCGGAUUUAUAGGUAUGUAGAAGUAGGUUAGGGAUAGGGGGUUGCGAGGCCUACGUGCGAGAUGAAAUGUUAAUGCCAAUGUGAGCCAACCUUGAUACAUCG